AACACAAAGCAGCUUAAUUAUUCUCUUCUACUACAUACAAAUAGUGUUGAUUUAGAAAGAAAUACAGCAAAUUAACAUGUUUGACAUCUUCAAUAAGGACAAAGGUCAAAAGAUCAAGGCCACCGUGGUGUUGAUGCCCAAAAAUGUUUUGGACUUCAACGCCAUAACUAACGUCGGUAAAGGUAGUUUUCUUGACACCGCUGGAGAUGUCCUUGGCGUGGUCGGAGAUGUGAUCGGCGGAAUAGUUGAUACGGCUACCGCCUUCUUAGGCCGUAGUAUCUCUAUGCGGUUGAUCAGUGCUACUAAAAUCGAUGAAAAUGGAAAAGGGUUGGUUGGAAAGGAAUCGUUUUUGGAGAAACAUGUUCCAACAUAUCCAACCUUGGGAGCAAGACAAGAUGCAUUUAGUAUACACUUUGAAUGGGACAUCGAUCAUUUUGGAAUACCAGGAGCAUUUUACAUAAGAAAUUACACACAAGAUGAGUUUUUUCUUGUUAGUGUAACAAUCGAAGAUAUUCCCAAUCAUGAUCUUGUUCAGUUUGUUUGCAAUUCGUGGCUUUACAACUACAAAUAUUACAAAAAAGACCGUAUAUUCUUUACCAAUGAUACAUACCUUCCAAGUCAAACACCACAUCCAUUAGUCAACUAUAGAGAUGAAGAAUUGCAAAGUCUAAGAGGAGAUGGUACUGGACAACGAAAAGAAUACGAAAGAAUUUAUGAUUAUGAUGUCUACAAUGAUCUAGGUGAUCCAGAUAAUGAUGCCAAACUUGCUCGUCCCAUCCUAGGGGGGUCUACUACUUACCCUUAUCCUCGAAGGGUUAGAACUGGUAGAAAACCAACUAAAAAAGAUCCUAAGAGUGAGAAACUAGGUGAAAUUUAUGUUCCAAGAGAUGAAAAUUUUGGCCACUUGAAGUCAUCGGACUUCCUUACAUAUGGAAUAAAAUCAUUGUCUCAAGAUGUGCUGCCUUUGUUUCAAUCUGUAAUUUUUGAUUUAAAUUUCACUCCAAAUGAGUUUGAUAGCUUCGAUGAAGUGCGUGAGCUUUUUGAAGGUGGAAUUGAACUUCCUACAGAUAUACUUAGCAAAAUUAGCCCUUUACCAGUUCUCAAAGAAAUAUUUCGCACUGAUGGUGAACAAGUCCUCAAAUUUCCACCACCCCAUGUUAUCAAAGUUAGCAAGUCUGCAUGGAUGACCGAUGAAGAGUUUGGAAGAGAAAUGGUAGCUGGUGUAAAUCCUUGUGUGAUUCGUCUUUUAAAAGAGUUUCCUGCGAAAAGCACGUUAGAUAUCAGAAUCUAUGGUGAUCAAACAAGUAUAAUAACAAAAGAACAUUUGGAGAUUAACUUGGGCGAGCUCACCUUAGAAAAGGCACUAAAUGGUAAAAGAUUAUUCAUAUUAGAUUAUCAUGAUGUAUUCAUGCCUUAUUUGGAGAAGAUAAACAAAAAUGCCAAGGCUUAUGCCACAAGAACAAUUCUUUUCUUAAAAGAUGAUGGAACUUUGAAGCCAAUAGCUAUUGAAUUGAGUUUGCCACACCCAAAUGGAGUUCAAUAUGGUGCUCAAAGCAAAGUCAUUUUGCCAGCAGACCAAGGUGUUGACAGUACAAUUUGGUUGUUAGCCAAAGCUCAUGUUAUUGUAAAUGACUCAUGCUACCAUCAACUCAUCAGCCAUUGGUUGAAUACUCAUGCUGCUAUUGAACCAUUCAUUAUAUCAACAAAUAGAAAUCUCAGUGUUCUUCACCCAAUUAAUAAACUUUUAGAUCCUCACUUUCGUGACACAAUAAAUAUCAAUGCAAUUGCUAGACAAACUCUAAUCAAUGGUGAUGGAAUUAUAGAACAAACAUUUUUACCUGGACCGAAUUCGGUCGAAAUGUCUUCAGCAGUUUACAAGAAUUGGAUUUUCACUGAUCAAGCAUUGCCAGCUGAUCUUAUCAAGAGAGGAUUGGCAGUGGAGGAUCCUUCUUACCAACAUGGUCUUCGUCUUGUGAUAGAGGACUACCCUUAUGCUGUUGAUGGAUUAGAGAUAUGGGAUGCUAUUAAGACAUGGGUUGAAGAUUAUGUCUCUUUGUACUAUCCAACAAAUGAAGCAGUGCAAAAAGAUCUUGAACUACAAACUUGGUGGAAAGAAGUUGUAGAAAAGGGUCAUGGUGACUUGAGAGACAAGUUAUGGUGGCCUAAGAUGAAAACUAUUGAAGAACUAAUUCAAUCAUGUUCCAUUAUUAUAUGGAUUGCUUCUGCUCUUCAUGCAGCUGUUAAUUUUGGUCAAUAUUCUUAUGGAGGCUAUAUUUUGAACCGUCCAACACUUAGUAGAAGAUGGAUUCCAGAGAAAGGAACUCCACAAUAUGAUGAGAUGGUGAAAAAUCCUCAAAAGGCAUAUUUGAGAACAAUUACACCAAAAUAUCAAACACUUGUUGAUCUUUCUGUUAUUGAGAUAUUGUCAAGGCAUGCUUCUGAUGAAGUUUAUCUUGGUGAGAGGGAUGUUAAAUUUUGGACAUCAGAUUCAAGGGCAUUACAGGCAUUUCAAAAGUUUGGAAGUAAGUUAGCAAAAAUUGAAGAAAAAAUUACAGAGAGGAACAAUGAUUCUGAUUUGAAAAACAGAUAUGGGCCAGUUCAAUUGCCUUAUACUUUACUCCUUCGUUCUAGUGAAAAGGGAUUAACUUUUAGAGGAAUUCCCAAUAGUGUCUCUAUUUAAUUUUGAAGUUUAUGUGUUUGUUUUUUUUAAUAAUAUUGGUAUGGUGCUUUUGUGGGUUGUUAUCAUCUAUUAGUGUGUUCCCAUUGGCUUAAAAUUAAUAAUGUUUCCACUUUCAAUUGUC